ACUCCUCCCUGCAGCCCCUGUGGAGCCACCAGUGUCCUUCCUGACCGCACUUCGCUAGUCUCCCGGAAAGCGUUGGGCGGCGCGCGACGUGGGCAUGGGCGUCCUGGCGACUUAGUGCCAUCCGGCAGCAGGGGUUCCGGCCGGCAGCAGGACGGUACAGGAACCAGAAGCGGGCAGCCGGGUGCGGCCGCGCAGCCGGGAAUCAUGAGCGUGGAGCCCAUCUGCAGCGCGCUGCCCGCCGUACCCUCGCACAAGCUGGCCGACCUGCGCUUCCUCAGCCGCGGCGCGUCCGGCACCGUGUCGUCUGCGCGCCACUCGGACUGGCGCGUGCAGGUGGCUGUGAAGCACCUGAACAUCCACACCCCUCUGCUAGACAGUGAAAGAAAUGAUGUCUUAAGAGAAGCUGAAAUUUUACACAAAGCUAGAUUUAGUUACAUUCUUCCUAUUUUGGGAAUUUGCAAUGAGCCUGAAUUUUUGGGAAUAGUUACUGAAUACAUGCCAAAUGGAUCAUUAAAUGAACUCCUACAUAGGAAAACAGAAUAUCCUGAUGUUGCUUGGCCAUUAAGAUUUCGCAUCCUGCAUGAAAUUGCACUGGGCGUAAAUUACCUGCACAAUAUGAAUCCUCCUCUACUUCAUCAUGACUUAAAGACUCAGAAUAUCUUAUUGGAUGAUGAAUUUCAUGUUAAGAUUGCAGACUUUGGUUUGUCAAAAUGGCGUAUGAUGUCCUUGUCACAAUCACGAAAUAGCAAAUCUGCACCAGAAGGAGGGACCAUUAUCUAUAUGCCACCUGAAAACUAUGAGCCUGGACAAAAAUCAAGGGCCAGUGUCAAGCAUGACAUAUACAGCUAUGCAGUUAUCACAUGGGAAGUCUUAUCCAGAAAACAGCCUUUUGAGGAAGUCACCAAUCCUUUGCAGAUUAUGUAUAGUGUGUCACAAGGACAUCGACCCGACACUAGUGAAGAAAGUCUGCCAUUUGAUAUACCUCAUCGAACACUGAUGAUUUCGCUUAUAGAAAGUGGAUGGGCACAAAACCCAGAUGAAAGGCCAUCCUUCCUAAAAUGUUUAAUAGAACUUGAACCAGUUCUCAGAACAUUUGAAGAGAUAAGUUUUCUUGAAGCUGUUAUGCAACUAAAGAAAACAAAGUUGCAGAGUGCUUCAAGUACUGUUCACUUAUGUGACAAGAAGAAAUCAGAAUCAUCUCUGAACAUAUCUCUAAAUCAUAGUCCACAAGAGGAAUCAUGUGGAUCCUCUCAGCUUCAUAAACAUAGUGCUUCCCCCGGAACCUCAAGGUCCCUGUCAGCUCCUCAAGACAAUGAUUUUUUAUAUAGAAAAACCCAGGACUUCUCUACCCCGCUUCACCUCCCAGUAAAUCACAGCUGCGACAACAUGUGUGUAGCCCAAAGGGCCACAUUCUGUGACCACAAGACUGCCCUGUGCUCUUUAGCAAUAAAUCCACCCUCAGCCAAGGGAAAUUCAGAAUGGUCACAGCCUGGAGUGGCCCAGCAGUGGAUCCAGAAUAAAAGGGAGGAUGUUGUGAGCCAGAUGACUGAAGCCUGCCUUAACCAGUCACUGGAUGCCCUUCUGUCGAGGGACCUGAUCAUGAAGGAGGACUAUGAACUUAUCAGCACCAAACCCACAAGGACUGCAAAAGUCAGACAGUUACUGGACAUCACUGACAUCCAAGGAGAGGAAUUUGCCAAAGUUAUAGUACAAAAGCUGAAGGACAACAAGCAGAUGGGUCUUCAGCCAUACCCGGAAAUACUGCCAGCUUCUCAGUCACCAUCUUUAAAUAUAUUUCAAAACAAAAGCUUAUAGGUGACUCUUUUUCAAGAAGAAAAUUCAGUUUAUUAAAAGGUAUUUUAUAUUUAUUUAUGUUGCCCUGAUCAGACUGUUGUUAUGAAAUCCAUGUGAGUAUUGGUAGCUUUAAUGAAGUUUCUCCUUCAGAUAAAUACUAGUUUCCUACAUGACAGUACAGUAUUUUUUUAAUUAAUGUAGUAGAAAAUUUGCAUUUUGCUACAUAGUUCACCUUUCAUCUCUGAUUAAUUGAAGCUAUUUUUAAAUGUAGUAAUUAUAUGCUUUUCCUGGCUGGCAUAGCUCAGGGGACUGAGCGCGGGCUGCGAACCAAAGCAUCACAGGUUCGAUUCCCAGUCAGGGCACAUGCCUGAGUUGCAGGCCACAGCCCCCAGCAACCACACAUUGAUGUUUCUCUCUCUCUCUCUCCCUCCCUUCCCUCUCUAAAAAUAAAUAAAUGAAAUUUUUUAAAAAAUAAUUAUAUGCUUUUUGUACCUAAUGAUGUCUGUAGUUAUCAAGCAUUUCUCAUGGAAAUCAUCUUCACAUUCACUCUAUGGAUUAUUUAUUACUCAUCUGAGAUGCAGUUUGGUUUUAUGCAUCAGAGAGAGCAUAGCCCUGCCAUCCAGGUUCAUAUCCUCUCCCAAGGAGUUUGUAUUAAACUCCCCAGAUUACAUUUUAAGUGUUAUUUCUUGAAUAAUUCUUUUAAAAAUUGUUUCAGAGGUAAAACAAUUCCAAGUAUAUAUAGAAAAAUGUUCAUCUUUCCACAUGUGUUUCUACCUCCAUUUCUGACCUCAGCCAAUCACAGAGUGAACAGCAUGAUGUGUGUUUCCUUCUGUCCCCUUCCUGCUCAUUUGGAAAAGGGCCUUUCCUCAUACUAUUGUUAUAGUUUUAUCCUGUAGCCCGCUUUCUGUGCUAAGUAACAUCAUCUCUGUACCACACAGAACUCUGAUGCAUUCUUUUUAACAGCAUAAUAUCAAAGCAGCUUUUUCUUUUCUUUAAGAUAUAAUGUGAGUUCUUUCUUGGUUAUGUCAAAGUAAAAAUGUACAAGGAAUAAUAGCCCUUUUCUGAAAAUAUUUAUAAUAUUAGCAAUGUUAGCAAAAAGUAUGAUACAGGACAAAUUUGAAAGUACAAACUUUCAAUAAGCACUACACCAAUAGUAUGAAAAAAUGAGUAAGAGUAGAAAUGACUGGAUGGCAUUGAGGCAAUUAAACAUAUUCAGAUUAUAAAAUAUGUAUUUUAAUUUCCAUUUUGGAGGUUGACAUUAACCUGUAGUGCCACAUUACUAUGGCUCUGAGAAAUAUGGAAAUUAAUAUGGAAAAUGGAAACUAAGUAUUGGGUUAUCUGUUAUUAUAACUAUUAUUUUUUAAAGUGUUAGGAUAAAAAUUUAAUUUGAGAAGUUUCCCCUUUCUCUUUACAUAUUCUAAAAUCUUAUUUAUUUUAAAUCUUGAUGGUUUCUAAUAGGCCUUUAUGCUGGUUUGAUGAUGUGGUAAUCUGAUUGGUAAAGUGACCAUUGCCCCUUGUUUUCCAUUCUGCCUAGAUCUAAAAACUCAGCCUUCCAACCAGUCUAUAUGCAUAUGAUAUAUGCAUAUCAGCUACUUUUCCCCAUAAUUUAAUAUGGGGAGACAGAAUAGUCAUCCAUGAGUAGCAACUUAUGGUGAAAUAUUGAAGAUCCAAGUGGAUAUGCAAGCAGCCCUCAUCCCUAGUAGAACUGUUGCCAUCCCAGCAGCCAGUUUUCAUUGCAGCCCAUGUUCAACAACAGUGAUGUAUAGGGAAAGUGUGGCAGGGUAUACCGAGUAUAACUGGCCAGAAAACAAGUAGGCCUGGUGCAGAGGUGGUAGUUCAGUGGGCCACAUUGGGUGGCACAUAGAGUGAUAAAUGACAUUUGGGUCCUGUGGUAAGGAAGUUUUUUUUGGUUCCUGCUCAAGCCUUCUAAUUAAGUAAAGGAGAAUGUCAUGACUGCUGUCACAUUUUAGCCCCCCUUGUUAACAAAAACAAUAGACUUCAGGCUCAGAACUUUGCAAGAAUUUUUUCAUUGUUUUAAAUUGUAUUUUGUUUGAAAAUGACCUUCUACAUGUAACAAUUAAUACAUUUUCUAUUUUUAAUAAAGUUUCAUUUUGCAGUA